GCGAAAUCCGAGCGCAGGCCCGCUCCCAGUCCACACAGAGCCGGCUACGGCGGAACAUGAGAGGAAAGCUCCGCGAUAUAUUUUGCACCUUCUCAGCCGAGUCAAAGCCAACAGUUUUAUCCAAGCUUGACCAAGGAAGCAAUGUUGGGUCGGAGGAUGCCUCAGGUGAUGCGAGUGGCGAGGGAGGUGAUGAGGGAAUGUGUGCUGGGGGAGGUGGGGACAAGUUGGAGGGGUCCGACACAACUCAGGGUGACGCUCUUCACCUCCAGAGACGGGUGGGACUCUUCAGUGGGGUGGCUCUAAUUGUCGGAACUAUGAUAGGAUCUGGGAUUUUCGUCUCGCCAUCUGGCUUGCUAGUGCGCACAGGCUCAGUGGGAAUGAGUUUUGUCAUAUGGAUAGCUUGUGGUGUACUCUCCCUCUUGGGAGCAUUAGCAUAUGCGGAAUUGGGCACGAUGAACACCAGUUCAGGAGCGGAGUACGCUUACUUCAUGGACGCGUUCGGGGCUCUCCCGGCCUUCCUGUUCUCCUGGGUGUCGACACUCAUGCUCAAACCAUCCCAGAUGGCGAUUAUUUGCCUGAGUUUUGCAAAAUACGCAGUCGAGGCGUUCGUUUCCGAAUGCGAUCCACCGGACUUGGUUGUAAAACUUGUGGCCAUUCUUGCGAUUAUGAUCAUCUUGUUUAUCAACUGCUACAGUGUCAACUUAGCGACUAUUGUAAUGAAUGCAUUUACAGCUGCCAAACUUGUAGCGAUAGCAAUAGUGAUCAUCGGAGGAAUAUAUAAACUCUGCCAAGGGAGUACUCAAAAUCUUGAAAAUGCAUUUGAUGGAACAUCUUACUCUCUUGGUAACAUUGCAACUGCAUUUUAUACUGGACUUUGGGCUUAUGAUGGAUGGAAUAAUCUGAAUUACGUUACAGAAGAAAUAAAAAACCCUUCAAAAAAUUUGCCAAGAUCAAUUAUGAUUGCCAUUCCAUUAGUUACUAUUUGCUAUGUUUUAAUAAACAUAUCCUACCUCGCAGUAAUGUCGACAUCUGAAAUGACAGAAUCUGAAGCUGUAGCAGUGACCUUUGGAAACAGAAUCCUUGGAGUAAUGGCUUGGUUAAUGCCUUUAUCAGUUACAAUUUCCACUUUUGGUUCAGCUAAUGGAACACUUUUUGCUGCUGGAAGACUUUGUUUUGCUGCAAGUCGAGAAGGGCAUUUAUUGAAUAUUCUCUCUUAUGUUCACAUCAGACGCCUCACGCCAGCACCCGGUCUUAUUUUCCAUUCUUUUAUUGCUGUAGCCAUGGUCAUGUCUGGAACGAUCGAUUCGUUGAUUGAUUUCUUCAGUUUUACCGCAUGGAUAUUUUACGGUGGAGCGAUGCUUGCGCUGAUUGUGAUGAGAUUUACACGCCCAAAUUUCCCUCGGCCCUAUAAGGUCCCGAUCAUCAUUCCAAUAAUAGUUUUGGGAAUAUCUAUGUACCUGAUCGUAGCUCCUAUUAUUGACACACCACAGAUUGAGUAUCUUUACGCUACUUUUUUUAUACUUGGAGGUUUAGUAUUUUAUAUACCAUUUGUAUAUUAUGGUGUUACUUCGACAAUUAUGGAGCGGUUUACAGUCUUUUGCCAGCUGCUGUUUGAAGUUGCACCAACCCAAAAUAUGUACGACUAAAAAAAAAUUAUAUUUAUUUUUCUAGAAUAAUUGAGUUUUAUAGACAAAUCAGAUAAUUUAUGUUUUGACAAAUAUAUGUGAAUACCUUUAUUCUGAUCGAAUAUUAAUGGAGAUUGCUAAAAUGUAAAUUGGUUUCUAAUUAUGCAGAAUGGAUUUUAAUUUUUGUUCCAUGACUGUUAAAAAUUAAAAUAUCAAUUAUUAAAGCCUUUGAAUAAGUAUGACAUCGAAUAUGUUAUUCACCCAAAUUAGCUAAAUAUAUUAUAUGCCAAUUUAUACCUGACAAAAGUUAGUACUGGUAUUCUCAAAUUAUUAAUAUUACAACUUUUAACAAAGCCAAGUGAACAAAGCUCAAUUAAACUGUCGAUUGCAAUGUACACAAUUUAUUUUAUUUGUUCCAAUACCAAAUUUUAUUGUAAUAAGUAUUUUUUUAAUAACAUUAACAUGCAUCGUAUAUUAAACUAAUUUUUGUAAACAAAUGUUUCUCUGUUUGAAAAUUUAUUUUGUUAAAACCAACACAAAUUGAGGUGUUUCCAAGUUACCAUAAAUUGAUAUAAAUAUAUUAAGGUUAAUGAAUAUAACAUAGUUGCCUUAGAAAAAUUAUCAAAGUGAUUUAUUCAUUGGCAAACGGCUUUGAAUGAUGACAAAAGAUUACAGAAGAUAUUGUAGUGUUAAUCAUAUAAACCGAUCAUGUCCUAAGCGUAUUCGAGAAUCUUUUUUUAUCAUCAAAGUUAUGUGAUUAGAUUGGGUGUGAUAAUUUUAGCUUUCUAUAUUUCUUGAAUACAAAAAUAUAAAAUUUAAGUUUUUUUAUUUAUUAUUUUUGUAAAAAGCAAAAAAAUGUUUUACUA